CUGCACGCGGCAAUCGGUACACGUGGUCAGCUGGAUCGUUCGUCUCUAGCAAUAGUCGCGAAUCGUUUCUAAACGUCUCUAGACGAAUCCAUUCUUCAUCUAGAUCGCGUAGAUCUUCCUCUAAAAGAAAGUACUCGUCGCGAUCGGUACCAUCUUGUUUACCGUCUUGUUUUGUUCGCGAAACGACUGACAGGGAACCGUUUGCCCGAGUGAAACUAGUGUUUACGAUCGAACUAGCUAUCUUUCGUUCGGAGAUCGUUGGAUCGAAGUUUCGAGAUCCGCGGAGUCGUUCGUGGCUCUUCAGGCGGAUCCACGCUCGCUGCGAACGGUGUUCUCGACGAAACUCGUUUCCACGGUGCACGAGGAGGAAAGUAGGGUAUAACAACCGGUAAACAAAACAGUAAGAGACCGGACUCCUGCUGCGAUAGCAUGGCGAACGCUUCUUCGGCGUGGCUCGAAAACAGGAUUCGGUGAGGGACGAUCGUGAAUUUCGCGACGCCCGUUACCGCGAUCGUCGACGAAAUUCGGUUGAAAGUGAAACUCGUUCCGUGCCACGACGUUGGGAAUUAAUACGUAAUAAUACGAAUUUUCUGCGAACAUUUUCAUUGUACGCCGCGUGUGUUGACUACGGGAUCUUAGAAUGUGAUAAUAAUAUCACUCCUUUCAUACGAAGUAUCGGAGAAGACAUGCCGGACGUUCAGGAGAGAAAGGAAAAGACCGACGAUCGAUUGGGAUCGUCGAAGCUGAUCUCCAGGUCGCGAGUGUGCCAGGAACACGGCGAAGAGGACUGCCCGAGCGAGAACGAGCACGAGUUCGAAUCUCUGGAGUACGAAGAAGACGUUUACUACUCGAACCUGACGGCUACGCCGAGCUUCGACGACAUCGACGAGCUGGAGGACGGCGAAAACGAGAUCGUUGUCCACUGUUGGCGCGACUCGAACGGGGAGAUCGAUGAGAUCGUGGUAGGCGACGCAAAUUUGUCGGUGGAGACGCAGUUCUUCACCCCCGAUGCCGAGGAGGGAUCGUCUAGUCGCGGGAGGAGGAAGAAGAGAUCGGUUAGAGUGAUAUUCCAGGACUUCUCCAAGCCUUACCUGGCCAAGAUCAGCAACAGCCAGAACUACAAGAAGUUCCUCGAAUUGGUAAAAGGCGAGGAUGCCACUCUUCACUCCUCGGGCUACAUAUCGCCGUCGUCGGAGUCCGUCGUGAGCGAGCUGCAAGGACUUUCUUUGGAGGAGCAGGACCGUCAGAAAGCAGAAUGGAGCGCGGAGCUGGCCAAGGUGGAAGAGGAGAUACAAACCCUGAGGCACGUCCUGGCGAAUAAGAUCAAAGUCUCCCAGGAGCUGAAGAGGAAGCUGGGGAUCAGCGUGUGGAAGGAGAUCACCGAGGACAUGAAUCAGGGCUUGAAAAACGUUAAGGAGAGCCAAGUUUAUCAGAACGUCGGGGAGAAACUCGGUCAGUUCACCAAGGCAGUCACCGAGAACACUUUAUUCCAGAAGACAGAGUCCGUGUUCAAGACCACGGCCGAGAAGACGACUAGCAUCCUCGGCGGUUUUGGAAGCGGGCUGUCCAUGAAGAUCGGCCAAAUGCGCAAUUCCGACAGUUUUCGUUCGUUGGAGGAACGAGUUGGGUCUGCUUACGAAAACAUGAAGACAAAAGUUGUGCCUUCACGAUCCAGUUCGAUGCAGAGCUUCGACGACGCUCUUCGAGAGUCUGAGUCAGCGAGACGUGCGUCCGCGGCGCCGUCAGCUACCAGCCCGACCAUUCCCGAAGAGAAGCUUCCGGCCUUCUCUGCGUAACAUGCUGACGCGUCGGUCCGCGAUGCCAGCGUAUCGCUCUAUGCUACUACUAUCACUUUCUACCGCAUUGCUAUAAUCAGGGCUAAGCGAUGUUCGUGUACAAUCGAUUGCAUAUUUAAGUCGGCCGGGGCGAGGACUACGGGAACACGAGGUUCGAGUUUCGUUACGGUUGAUUCGAUUCGCUGUAACGCCACACUGUUGGGCAAAGUUUAAGAAUACGAUCAGAGAACAGUAAUCACGAUCAAGGAAUAAUCAGACAUUACGGAAGAUUACAAACUACUUGCGAUCGUAGAUUGCGAAUGUAUCAGGUGUAGAAAUUAAUUCCAUUCCUCUGUAGUCAGCUAUUUAUAACUCCGAUUUAAAUGGAUAUAUAUUCUCGUAAUUUUGGUAUAUCGAAGUAACAACCUUCUAAGUCCUCGUGGACGUUACACGCAGCGUAACAUUUUACUUAUUGUUAUUCUUCUGCAGUUGUUAUAACUAACUGGUUAUGCUCGAAAUCUAUUGAAAGAAUAAUAAUAAACAAAAUUGUAAUGGCUACCAGGUUGAGAUUCAGGUUAUCAGGAACUUAGAAAAUUGUUACUUGAAUGUUAAAACGUGACGACUAAAUAUUUCUACUUAAACUAGAGUUAUAAACAAAAACUAAAUAAUACGUGAUUUAAUAUAAAGGCAUAGAAUUUAAUUUUUACACCUAAUAGUUUGUCGAUCACCGAACGUCGACGGUAAUUGCAAAAUAUAAUCAUUGCCCAGCUUUGUGGUACGACUCGGACGAUCCGUGUAAUUGAAGACCCCUCGUGGGGGCACUCGAACAUUGUUGAAAUUAAUAUAUACCGCAUGAUUAUGCUUCUUUUCUAUCCUCGUGUACCGCAGCCGGUUCGUCGGAUCUAUUAUAUAGUAGUGUGUAGCUUUUCGUUUUCUCGUGUUCAAAGUUGAUUUCUAAUCGUCUUUUUUUUUUUUCUUUUCUUAAGAAAUUUUUUAAUUUCGUUCCGCCGAGUCUCUCUCAUUUUAUUUUCUUUCGUUGAUUUUAUAAUCGCAGGAUUUUCUGUCAAAACGAUCGUCGUUUCGCGCUGAGUUAGUUUUCGUUGGCAAUCGUUGCACCGGGAAACGGGAUUCUCGGUGUCGCCGUCACGUUACUCAAGAGGAUGGCGAUUGAUCCCUUAUUUUAUCGAAGUUAUUUGCACUAUAGCAAUUUUUAUAACGCAUAAUAAUAUAUCGUUGAUACGUACCUUAAUGUUUUUGCGUUUCAACUUGUUUUCGCACCAUCGAUUCAUGAAAGUAUAGACAUACGUACACACAUACACGCUUUAAUAAAUACUUACCCGAUGGCGUUUAUCUCUGUGGGACAUAACCGUCGCAAUAUCGAUAUCCCUCUUGUCGAAAAGCGAUACCUCCGCGUACUCCUGCUAAAACAGUCUCGGUAGCCUCCUCGCAAGACUCGUGCUUCGACAAUACUAUAGUCGUUCUGUGUGAUAGAAGAGAAUCGAUUACUACUAUACACUCCUCAUAAAUAAUUUGCGUCCCCGCGAGUACGUUCAUCGAGACAUCAGAAUUAAUUUACACAAGGCACGGGUGGCCACCAUCGCGCCGCUUUCUUCUGAUUUCAACAAUUACCGUUUUCACAGAUUUUCAUUAUUAACAGAAUUACAUUGGGUAAUCGUUAAAAAAUUGCUACACUCGUGCAAUCGUACUAGAAGAGAACGUUAGAACUAGCUUCUAACGUUUCGGUAACUUAUUAAAUUUCUCGCUUGUUGCACGUUAGUUGAAGUUUUCAUUAACGAAUUGUAAUAUAAAAUCGAGAAAUGUUUAACCGCGCGAAGUUUAUAAAAGGAAUAGGUAGAGUGAUUUUAUUUUAAAUACAUUCAAAUUAUAAAGCCCGUGUUUUAAUCGCAAAUCGACCAAAAAAAAAAAAAAAAAAGAAAGAAAUAUUUUCUCCUGAGCUCUAUUAACGUAAUUACACGUGAGCACGGGUGCUCGGUGACUUGGGAGCGCGGUCGCUUUUUUUCUAAUAAUUAAGGACACACGAAACAAGCGUAAACACGCGAAUCUCUGGUGUAUUUAUCUUUGCCGAGCCGCUAUCGCGCGUUUCGGUAUCCAUGUGUCACUCGAAACUCCUACAAAUGUGUCGAUAUCGUGCGCUCAUAAUCGUCAUCGACGACCUGCUACACAAUCUACUUGUUCAUAUUGGUGAAUAAAUUAUUUUAAGAAAUGCCA